GCUUAAUAUAUGUAGUAAAUUAAUAACAAAACAACACCCGGCAAAUUUGAUAGCUUAAUAUAGUAAAUUGUAUAUUUUUCUGGCAAUAUGUGCCUUUAAUCUGAAGCAACCAAAACGAAGUGAGAUCUUGGCAAUCAAGAAAAAAGAGAUCUACGGACCUUUAAUCAUUUAAUCGCGGCGGCUGAGAUGUGGGAAUCAAUUUUCCUAACAGUAGCCGCCACAGCCGGUAACAAUAUCGGCAAAGUUCUGCAGAAGAAAGGCACCCUCAUUCUGCCUCCCUUAUCUUUCAAGCUCAAGGUGAUUAAGGCUUAUGCUUUCAACAAGGCAUGGAUCUUUGGCUUGCUUAUGGAUUUGUUUGGAGCAGUCUUGAUGUUGCGAGCACUAUCUCUAGCCCCAGUAUCAGUCAUUCAACCAGUUUCUGGCUGUGGACUUGCUAUACUUUCGGUCUUUUCCCAUUUUUAUCUAAAGGAGAUCAUGAAUGUUAUUGAUUGGAUAGGAAUUACCUUGGCGGGCAUUGGCACCAUAGGUAAUGUACUCCUUAAUGGAUGGCUUCGCAUUUAUAGACGCCAGCGAAGAGAACAAGAGCUGAUGCAGUAUGAAGUAAUCGAGGAAAUUAUUUAUGGACUGGAAUCUGGAAUUCUGUUUGGGAUUUCAUCUGUCAUAUCAAAGAUGGGAUUUUUAUUCUUGGAGCAGGGAUUUUCCAAGUUGUUGGUGCCUGUUUGUAUUUCAAUAAGCAUUUGUUGUAGUGCUUCUGGUUUUGUAUGCCAGACAUGUGGCUUGAAGCAUGGAAGGGCUAUUGUAGUGUCCACAUGUGCAGCUGUUGCAUCUAUUGUAACUGGUGUAUUUGCUGGUAUGUUUGCUUUGGGUGAACGGUUGCCUUCAGCACCAACAUCUCGUCUCUGGCUCUUGCUCGGAUGGGUAUGCAUCAUUCUUGGUGUGAUUCUGCUGGUAGCUUCAACACGGCUGGUGCGGAGCCUUCCACGAUCUUGGCGACGUGUUCUAAGAAGUGGAGUUGACAAAAACAUGGGUCUUAGGCAAUCUGUGCCAACACGGAGUAGAGAUACUAGUCCUAGCGCUGUUAUCCAGGCGUCAACUCUGCAUCAUUUGAUAGCAACUCCCUCUAAAGCUAAGGCUUGAACCGUGCCAUUCCAAUUAAAAUGAUACUGAAAGGUUUGGGUUCUUGUAAAUGUAAGUUGAGGGCUGUUGUAGGUAAUCACAUUGUAUCUGGUGUGUACAGUACAGUGGUCAGUGCAGGUUGUUUGAGACUCAGGGUUCAUUCUAUUUAUUCAUGAGAGUCAAGGCACAUAGUACUGUUACAACUCUUCCCACAUCACUUUACACUUUGCCCGGACCCCAUUCUUAACACACAUGGUGUGUUAUUAUGUAAACAUGGUGGGCAGUGAAUCACGGAAAACUGAACCAAAUCGAAGAGAAAAACCAGCGCUUCUUUUGAACGCUAUUUUGCCCUUGAAGUAAAUAUUAUGUCAUGAGCUUUUUUGUGCAAA